AUGGGUUCCGGGUUUGUGUCCAACAAGGUGGAGGAAUGCAUUCGACGGAAUAUCGCCUGGAAAGAUUUAAGCUCGGACGUGCGGAAGGCUCUAAACAACGAUGAAGCCGAUUAUCGCAAACAAAUUGUGGACUACAGCUUGCUCAACCAGCUUCGAUUUCGUGGCAACAUCGUGUACAGUGUGACGAAGAAUGAGAAAAAAUACUACGAACGGUUGGUGGAGGUGAACAUACGAGCUCUCCACAUAUUCCCUUAUCAUCUGGCGGACGUUAUCACCAAGGGAUUGCGCGUAACGCCAUUCAACUAUUAUACAGACAUGAUUGCAUUCCUGCUGACACACGAUAAAAAUUAUGACGCACUGCCCAACUUUACCGCUGCCGAUUGUUUGCGUGUGCUGGGCAUCGGACGGAACGAGUAUUUAUCCAUCUCGAGCGAUCUCAAGUCCAGUUCACCGCGUUCGUUCUUUAAGAAGAAUCCGUACCACUUCCUGCCGAAAUUCCCCCGCACCGUUACGAUGCAUCCAUGGUGGAUCGUCGAGAUAGGCCACAUACUGGAAAAGGACGUUGAGAACCUUACGCUUGAGGAGAUCAAUACAAUCGAUCAGCUGAUUGACUGCGGUCCACAAACGGCCGGAACGCUAGCACUGGACACGGUACAGAAACUUUACCGCAAGGGACUUAUCUACCUGGACGUGCCAAUCAGCAGUGACGAUCGGAUAAACAUACCACCGUUGCGUAACUUUGUCAUGAAUCGGGUCGCUGGAGAUUAUUUUGAAAAUCUGCUCUACAACGUGUUUGUUACAACGGAUGAGCAGUGCACCAUUUCGGAGCUUUCCCAAAUUCUACAAGUACACAUGGACACUGUAAAACAAGCGACAUCACUGUUCUGUCGGUUGGGAUUUGCCAAGAUAAAAAAUGCCUUUGCCGAGUUUAAGCUGGACGAAAGUUGGCUCAAACAGCAGGCGGACGGUGGCGAAGAUUUGGCUGCCUACAACUAUCAUGCACUGUUACUUUCGGAGGUACCGCUGGAAGUGAAACCAUCGCCCGACGGUAGCAUAACGUCCGUACCCUUCUUCCCACUGUCCGAUCCGUCCAGUCCUACAUCACCCUUACCAACCGACGGCACACCGACCGGUUCCAAUGGACCUUUGUCGAAGGAAAAAACCACGCCCGAAGCUGGUUCGGGUGGAUUCCGUUCGGCGAAGCGUGUCGGGUUUCUGUUCGAUUCCACACUGACGGCCUUCCUCAUGAUGGGGAAUCUAUCGCCCGGGCUAAAAACGCACGCCAUCACACUGUUCGAGGUGGGUAAACUGUGCGACGAAGGAAUGGCUGAUUUGCUCGAGGAGCUGGAAAAGGUGUCGAUGCUGGAUGCGGAAUCGGAGGGAGAAGUAAGUCGGUACUUUAACCACGCGGUACUGCUUCGAUCGACCAUCGUUGCGUUGAAAGGUUCGCUGAAGAUUGAAUUGGACCUGCUGCGUCUCGAGAGUAUCGAGGGACUCGACGUCCAUACGCGGAAUCGACUGUUGGAGCGAAAGUACAAGUACCUUAUAUCGGCGGCUCCAUUAUCGGGGUCGCUGUCUAGUCAGUUUACCAUUCCCUUUUUUGGCCAAUUUUACCAAAGCUCUGCCGAUGCACACAUAUGGUCGAAGCUGUUCUAUUACCACAUGGGUGGAUACGGUCCACCGUCUUUAUUUCUGAAGAAAGGUACCUUGCUGAAAUCCUUGCCUCGAAUGUUUCUCGGCUAUGGGAAGCUGUUAAUUACAAUCGUCAAUACCGACUCGUAUGUGCUAAACUCGGAAAAGUUUUAUACACUGAACGAGCACCUCAAGAACGAAUGUCUCCUAAUUCAGGGCUAUGGCAUUAACGAACCAGCGAAAGUGCACUACGAACCUUUUCCAUUCGACAUAAACGAUGAAAAUAAUCGUUGGGGACAACAUGCCGCAUGGAACGGGCUGUCGCAAAUCGUAAACAUGGAACAAACGUUCGGUUAUGUGACUUUCAUCAAUACGGGCGUCCCUGAUCUAGGCUGCGACAAUUACAAUCCUUCCGUGGUACUUAAACGAACAAGUAAUAAGAAACAAAAGAGCGCUGAAAAACCUGACGAAAGCAGCAAAGCAAUAACCGAACCGGUGAAACUUUCGACCACGGAUGAGGAGGAAACUAUGCCAGACCGUUUAUCGACUGCCGAUGAAGCGAAUGGAGUUGUGGAGGAAGUAAACGAUAAGCUAGCAGUACUGCAAACUGCAGAAUCGGACUCAGAUACUGAAAUCUCGAGGAAAAAUUCAUUACAAAAUGCAGCAGAGGAAUGGACUAUACUGGACAUCAACUUUGGUAUUCCACUGUUUGACGUUGAUUGCAACACCAAAAUUUGCCAAUACAUACUGCAGCGCCUAUGCAUCGAUGAUAACAUAUCAAUUUUGAAAGAGGUGAAUCAACAGAUGGAACGUAAAUAUCUUAAAUUUAUUUCCCAGUGCUUGUUUUUUGAAGACGAAAAUAUGGAACUUAUUAAGGCAGGAAAGUACGUGCCAAAGCUGCGCACCAAUCUUGCUUACGAGAAUGGUAAAGUGCAAUGUUGGGACGGUAAAUGA